AUGGCGCAACGAGCUCGACCAGCAAGUCACGCAGAUAGCUGGUACAAAGGCAACCCCACCAUCCUCUCCGAAGAGCUCGAGGGCAACCUCGAAGACGUCCCCAGCUCUAUCAAUGAUAAGGAUCUUCCCAUUCCCGGCGCCAGGGUUAUAAUUGCACCUCACGCUGGCUACGACUACUCCGGCAAGUGCGCCGCCUGGGCCUACAAAUGUCUCGAUCUCAGCAAAGCGAAACGGGUCUUCGUCCUCGGCCCCUCCCACACAUACUACCUCGACGGCAGCGCCGUGACAACAUGCGGCAAGUACGAGACGCCGUUUGGCGACCUUACCGUGGACAGGGAGACCUUGGCGCAGAUCAAGAAAGAUGGCGGCUUCAAGGACAUACCCUUUAGGAACGACGUCUCGGAGCACUCGCUCGAGAUGCAUCUACCUUAUAUCUACAAACGGAUGGAACAGACCUUCUCCUCCCCCGAGGAGUUUCCCGUCAUUGUCCCGUUGCUCAUUGGUGAUAAUAACAAGCAGGAGGAGAAGGAAGUGGGGGAAAUCCUCGCGCCUUACCUCGCGGAUCCGGAGAAUGCCUUCGUCAUCAGCUCGGACUUUUGCCACUGGGGCCGUCGGUUCGACUACGCCGUGUACUCUCCAACUGCCGAGAUAGAUCGCCUCGAGCAUCUGUCAAGGUCGGACAGGAGGGUUCAGGGGCGGCCUAUACACGAGACUAUCAAAAUGCUGGAUCAACUUGCUAUGGACGCUAUCGAGACGGGCAAGCAUGACAGCUUUUUUGAUAAUCUUAAACAGACGAAGAAUACGGUAUGCGGAAGGCAUCCCAUUGGCGUCGUCAUGGCGGCGCUGGAGGAGGUUGGUAGGCAGAGGGGGGAGGAGGGCAAGUACAAGUUCAAGUUUGUGCAGUAUCAGCGGAGUGGACUCGUUGAGGAUGUUCAUGACUCUAGUGUAAGCUAUGGAGCUGCGUAUGCGAUCGUAUGA